UCGGGUGUACAAGCGGAUCAAAAGGCCAAGGAGGGCUUAUUCACCAGCGGAAGCAAGAAGCCGGAAAGGUGGCAAUGUGCGCUCCUCCCCUAGAUGUGCGGUAUCGCAGCCUGGGGUUUUGAGUAGAGCGCAAUUGCCGGCCUCCAGUGCCCCCAGCAUGGACCCGGGACCGGAGAAUGUGGGAAAGAUUCUUUUAUCUAGUACCGCAGGCAGAGAAAGUGGGAAUUCCGUGUCCAGAACGGGUUUGGAAUCUUAUCCGGAAUUAAUCAGCAAGUUUAUUCAGAAGUCAUUAGCACCCCGCACAUGGGAAAGUUAUUCAUUGGCUUGGAAGAGGUGGUAUCAAUUUUGCUUAGUUAGGAAUGUUUCGUGUUUUUUAUUCGAUUUAGAUGUAUUUUUUCAAUUUCUCUGUUCAUUAUUAGAUAAAGGUGUUGGUUAUUCAGUUUUACACUUGACUGUUUCAGGGGUGUCAUUCUUUUUUAAACUGGCUGGUUGUCAGCCAUUUUCUAACCAAUUUGUAGUGAAACAAUUUUUGAAAGGGGUUAAAAGAUCAUUUAGAAGGAUUGACUCCAGAAGACCAAUCACUUUUGAGUUGCUUGGUUCCUUGGUGUCAGUAUUGGAGAAGUGUACAUUUUCAAAAUUUGAGGCAAUUCUUUUUAAGGUAGCUUUUGUGGUAACAUUUUUUGGGGCACUUCGGGUAGGAGAGCUAGCCGCGGCUAAUAAAAAGUCGUUUUCACCACUGGAAGUUAGUGAUAUUAAUUUGUAUAAUAAUUCAGUAGGAAUUUUUAUUAAAAAAUCUAAAACAGACCAGUUUGCAAAAGGGUCAUGGAUCAGGUUAGCAAUGUUAACUGAGUCACCAUUGUGCCCGGUCAAGACGGUUAGUGAUUAUUUUGACAUUAGACCCCAGAGAGAUGGUUCUUUUUUAAUUCACGAAGAUGGUUCUGUUUUGACAAUAUAUCAAUUUAACGCUAUUUUGAAAAAGUGUCUGGUAUUGUUAAACUUAUCUAAAGAAAAUUAUUCGUCUCAUUCAUUUCGGAUUGGUGCGGCAACAGUUGCCGCUAGUUUGGGAUUGAAUGAGGCAGUAAUUAAAAAAAUUGGUCGUUGGGAAUCUGACAGAUUUAAGUUGUAUAUUAGACCUAAUCUGGUGCUCUAAUUUUAUUUGAUAUUUUUCAGGUCCAGAGGAAAUGGUCAUAUGGAUUCUGGGCCAUUCUUUCGUGUUUUGGGCAGAAAGAAGGGCUGCGGAGCGUAAUUAUUUGCAAAAAAGUUUUAUUGGUGCUGUUUUUGUUUCCAUAGUUUGGUUAGGUUUUAGAGGUUUGAAAUGGUACCAGAUCAUUCCGAUACUGAAAAAUGAAUUGAGGUCAUUACCACAGCCUGAUGUAUUAAUAAUUCAUGCUGGGGGUAAUGACUUGGGAAAAAUUAAAACGUUGGAUCUGAUGGAGCACAUGAAAUCGGAUCUGUUUCAGAUUAAAUCAUUAAUCCCGGAGGUAAUUUUAAUUUUUUCCGAAAUUAUACCAAGAUUAAUUUGGAAAAGUGAUCAGUAUGGUUUUAUGGAGAAAAUUAGAAAAAGGGUUAACAGAAGUUUAGAGAAAUUUCUUCCUAGUCUAAAUGGUUGGUCAAUAAGGCAUACCGAGCUUGAGGGUUUUAUUGCAGGUCUAUAUCGGAAUGAUUUGGUCCAUUUGUCGGAUAUAGGGCUGGAUAUUUUCAAUUCAGGUCUACAGGACAUGAUUGAUAAGGCCGUGGUUUUUAGGGGGGGACAUGUGGGAUAAAUCCCUCAUGUCUGGUGGGUUAGUCACCCAGCUUUGCUGGGGGGACAAUUGUGGAUUUAAUGAAUUUUAAAUGAGUAUUUAUUUAUUGGUUAUUUAUUUAUUUAAUUAUUAUGGUGAUUUUAUUAGUAAUAUUAUAUUUAUGUAACCCUUAAUAAAAGACCACGGCCAAUUUUCUACCACAAUAAUGUGUUGUGUUUAUUUUAAUCAGUUUAGAAGUUAAGUUUAGGUAUUCUGUAUAAAUAAUUGCUCAUAUGGCACCAUGAUAGUGGGCACAGAAGGCAUACUGAAUGCCCACCAUGGUGUCAUGGAGCAUCAGUAUAAGGGUUAAUAGUAAUUCAUAAGUCUCUAUUUUUCCCGCCUUUUGUGUUCUAAUGAAUGUUCAUUUUACAUUUUCUGAGGUGAUUCUAAUUCUGCAUUUUGAUUGGUACCUGGUUGCCUACCUGUUGCUGAGGUACCUGUUCUCUGCCUGUUCCUGAUUGGUGAUUGAGAUUUCUGGGCGGGAAAUUCGAAUAUUUAAGGAAGGUCGCAUCAGGUCCGGAGCUUGUCCGCCGCGGAGCCUGGAAG